CCAAAGUCUCCAUAUGUCUUGGGCAUUUCAUUUCUUGUCUACAGCUGGUAAGGAUGCUAAGCCAAGGACUUGGCAUGGCAUGGAGGCAAAGGAAACAUUUUCCUGGGAAGCUCUUCCAUCCUUGCACCUUCUCUAAGUAGCUUCUGUGGCAUUGCGUAAGUGGUUUUCUGACAUGUCAGGAUCCCUUUUCUCUUUUGUUGCAUUAACAUUGGGAGAAUUUGUAUCAUGGGUUGGUAAAUGAAUACGUUGGUUGUUACACCCAAGAAGAAAACAAACAAGCUCUCUCUACUACACCACCUAAUCACUGGCACAUCUCAGUAUCCCUUCUCCCUGAUUCCCGCUUGCUUCUCCAGUCUCCCCACUUGCUCAGUAGACUACACGAGUUCCCAUUCACCAAAGGACAUUACUCUUUGAAAUUCAUGUUCUCUUGAUCCGAUAAACAAGCAUGACCUGGAAACUGUAAUUGCCCUCAUCUUAAAAGCCUUCCUUGGAUCUCAUUACUUCUAGUUAUUUCUACUCCAGUUUGACCUUGCCUCUGACCAUAUCCAGAGACCACUGUUGGUGAGGUAACAGACGACUUCUCUGGCACUAAGGGUUGUGGUCAGCCCUCCCAGCUUAGGGUUCUUGUUCUCUCAGAAGAGUGACAUUUGAUCACUCUUCCAUCCUUGCACCUUCUCUAAGUAGCUUCUGUGGCAUUGCGUAAGUGGUUUUCUGACAUGUCAGGAUCCCUUUUCUCUUUUGUUGACUCUCUUUUAAGCAUCAGAGUGUCACAUAGUACAGCCUUGCUCUCUUCACGUCUGUCUGCGUUCAUUGCCUUGAUGCUUUAAUUCACUUGCAUGGUUUGAAAUGCCACCUUCAUUCCAGAGACUCCUGAAUGUAUACCUAGAGCUCCAUCUCAUUUCUCUACUUGGCCUUUCCAUUUGAAGGGCUAAUAGAGACCUCUAGUUUGAUCUGCACCAACCUCAACUCUCCAUCUUUCUCUCUGAAGCUGAGGCCUCUGUACUCACACUUCAACUAAUGGCGGUGGCUUCAGCCCUCACCGGCUCAGGCUGGGAACCUUAAUUACCCUCAAUGCUCCUUUGUUCUAGCUCCCAUCCAGAUGUCCAGGAAGUCUUGUUUUCUCCAACUUCCCACCUUCCCCACUCUGGUUUCCUUGUGGUGAGCUGCUGUCAUUGAUCAUGUGGCCUGCUGCCAUGACCCUGUCUUGCACAUGGGCUGACCUCCACCGAACUCUUCUGGAACCUAACUUUCCCAUAGAAGCUACAGCCAUCUUUCCACAGUGCAAGUCAGCUCAUGUCCCUCCUCCAUUCAAGACUCCAGGUGAUUCCUAUCGUAAUUAAAGUAGAAGCUGAAGCCCUUCUGUGCCCAAUUAUCUUUCUGAACUCAUUUCCUACCAUCCACUCUUCUUCCCUUCCUGGCACACAACACACGGGCUGUAGCUUGUAGUGUUUUUCUCUGAUUACUCAUGAGGGAAGCUCUUUCAGCUGUGCUCUAGCCUGCCUCUGAGGCAUCUUCUGAAGUCCAGUGUGUGGUAAAGGCUUGGUCCUCUGGUUGCUGCUUUUGGGUGAUGGGAGCACCUUGAAAAUAUGGGACCUGAUAGGAGGCCAUUAGGAACAUGGCUUCAAAGUGGGUAAUGGCACUGCAACCUUUUCUGCUUCUCAUAUGUGGACUCUUGGAAGAAGUUCGGCUCUUCCCCAUCUUCCCAUGUGGUGUGCUGCCUCAACACAGGUCCAGAAGCAAUGGGAAUAAUCACCUGUAGCCUGGAAGAUCUAACCCUGUCUUAUUUAAAAUUAGCUUACUUUCCUGGGCUCUUUAGCUAUCCACUCUUUCACGGGUAUUUCUGUCUCAGCAUCUGACCAGUGUGCAAGCAAUGAACACCCUGUGCAGCAUCCCAGUCUCUCUCCUGACUCUGGUGGCAGGCCAGAACUGGAUCUAUCAUAUAAGGAAAAAGAGGAUGAGUGCAGCAAAAGUUCAAAACCAAAAUCUGUCAGGAAUGGAGUGGAAAGCAUCGAGGAGAGGCAAGUGUUGGAGAACAGACACUGGGCUUCGAAAGGCCACGCUGGUCUUUACUCUAGUCAUCCUUGGCACUUAUGUUAGUGAUUCCUUACUUCUGGUUCUAAGACUGGGGACAGGCAGAGCCUGCUGGUCGAGAACCACAGAACCCCCACCGUCCCAUAGAUUUUGCUUCUGAUCUCUGUAACAUAAGUUUUAUAGUAAAAUUUUCCUGUGCUAUUUGAGCUUGUUGAAUACACACUGGGAGUGAGGAGGCAGCCCCUUAAGCCAGAGGCAGCAUGAUUAUUUCAAUCGAGAGAAGAACAAACAGUGGAGGGGGUAUUAAUGACAUCGUGCCCUUGAGAAUGGUUGGAAGGCAUAGUCUUCCCAACAGUGGCUACUCUCUAUCUUACGAUAGAAUUACGAAUAUGCACAGGGGAUGAGAAACUAAAACUCAUCCAUGGAUGAAGCUCAACUCUUCGGGAAACUCUCAGUUUUCAGCAGGGCUCAUUGCCCAGUUAUUUCUGCUGGAUGUUGUAUCUGAUUUCAUGAAACGUCGCUAUCUAUUAGCUGCUGCUGAGUUUUCUAUUACUUCUACUUGAGAUAUAUAUUAUAUAGUAUUAAUAUACAUUUUUGUUUUUGUAAAUAUAAUAUAUUCAGUUCACUCAUUCAAAGCCAAACGUACUCUCUCAUUAUUCACUUGGAUCAGUCACCUUUAGCCUUACUUGUCUUGUUUCCAGAAUCAACCAUGAUGGCUUAACAUAUGAACUGGGAUCAGGGAUCUAUGUAUAGAGAACAAGGGUGUUGUUUGUGUGAAAGUCUUUUAAGUAAUAGAAGUUUUUGUUGUUAUUAUUGUUAGUUUUGUUUCAUUUUGGUCAAAGGUAAGAGCAAAGAUAGGGGGAGUAAAUUCAAAAUCUUGACAGGUUAUUAAACAUUAGGGUCACUUCUUACCUCAAUAUUUUUACCUAUGUGACGCCCUUCUUAUUACGACUUUCCCUUACAGAUUCCGAUUAUUGUACCCAACAGGAACAAAUAUUAGUGGGACAAUGUAUGGGUUGAAUUGUGUCACUCCAAAAUCAUUACUCACAUUAGAAUGUGAAUAUAACUAUCUGAAGGGACAAAAUUUAAAAAUAUUAUUAACAUUCAGUAAAACCAUUAGGGUGGAUGCGUAUUCAAUCUGACUUGUAACUCUUAAGAGGAAUUUUAGUCUUAUAGAGAGAUUUCACAGAUAUAUAUUCACAGAAAGAAGCCCAUGUUGGGAUAUACCCUACAAAGCUCUUGAUCUUGGACUUAAAGCCUCCAGAACAGUAAGAAAAUACUUUUCUGUUGUUUAAAACAUCUAGUCUGUGGUAUAUUUUUUAUGGCAGCUACAACAAACUCUCAUAGGGAAAAUGCAUGCAUUGCAAAUAGCUUCUAAAUCUUCCUUUCUCUCUAACUUUUCUGUAGGCUAUGAAAUUCUCGUUCUGGUCAUUUUACUAUUUGAUGAGAAUCUCCUAUCUGUUCUUGGGUGUUCUGAACAUAAUAUCAUGUUUAUGAAGACUAAGUUCUGGAAAAAAAAUCAUACAAAGAAUUUGAUUCUCCUAGUAUAACUAAAACUCAGUAAUCAUGGGACUAAGGAGUCGUGUGUGUGUGUGUGUGUGUGUGUGUGUGUGUAGGUAAAUGCUCACUCCUGUGAAGGCCAGAGGUCAAUGUGAAGUGUGAAGUAUCUUCUUCAAUUACUUCUCUAUUUCUCU